CUUCACGACAUUUCUUAGCAAUGUGAAUUGUAUUGUGUAAACAAAAUACUAGUUUAGAGUAGUAGUAACGUAGAAGUUUAGCAGUUACCUUUUUAAGAUGUCAGAAGUUGAAAGAGGAUCCGUUCUUGGCGAUGACGAAAUUUUGAAAAAUUUAACCACCGUUACCUGGGCACAUGCUGUGAAUAACAAAACAUACUUGCAAGCCGCGUUAGCGAGCGACGUGCAGAUGCUCGAAGCAGACAUAGUCCUGGGCCAGCUGAUCGGCAAGGAAGGCCCGCCCCUGCCCGUGAUGGCGCACCCGCCGGCCACGACCUCCGACCUGUCUCUCGGCGACUUCCUCUCCAUCGUGACGCAACACAACAAGGGCAUCGCCAAGGACAAGCAGAAAGGCGUCAAGCUGGACUUUAAGAGCAUAGAGGCGUUUGAAAAAGCACAGGACUUAAUAGCGCCAUUUAGUAAACCUGAGGACCCGCAGGCGCGCGCCAGCGAAGCGUCUUGCUCGCCCUGCUCGCGAAGAGAUUUCUCGGCCGCUAAAAGCCCUGAGAAUAGCGCGCAAAAUGAUUCGGUAACGUUCCCCCUAUGGCUGAACGCGGACAUCCUGCCGGGCCCGGUGGCCGCCACGACCAAGCCGCUCGACCCCGAGAAGUUCAUCAAGCUAGCGUCGCGGCACCCGCGCGCCGUGCUCUCCGUGGGCUGGACCACGCGCUACGGCGGCAACAUCACCGAGGGCGAGUACACCCGCCAGCAGAUCGGGACUAUGCUGAGGAUGGUCAAUUCGCUUAAAGUUAACCAGACUAUUACAUUCCCUGUCCGCGCCGGUCUCGCGUCGAACAGCCAGCCGGUGAUCCUGGACCUGCUGCGCGAGACGCGCGCGCUGGGCUCGUCGGUGACGGUGUGGGCGGCGGAGGGCGACGCGGUGGCGGUGGAGCGGCUGCGCGCGCUCAUCCUCACCGUGGGCCUCGAGCACACCUACCUGGACGUGCCCGCCGAGCUGGCCGCCCGGCUGCAGCUGCCCGCCCCGCCCGCCACGCGCACGCACAACUAGGGAUUACGUUAACAUUCCUUUUAAUUUAUUACCGUUUUAUAUUUCCACAUAAUAUGCUUCAAUCUAGUACAAAGAAACAAAAAUGUAGAUCACAGUUGAUGCUCUUAAAAACAAUCGCUUCUAUAUUUCUUAACAGUUGGAAUAGCUAAUUAGAAAUGUAACAUUUCUGACGUAAUGCACUCUAACGAAUUCAAUUGAUCAAUAAUCAUACAUUAACAAAGAUCGCGCACUUCAGAGUCCUGUGAUUAAAAUUUUCUUCUGGAACGCCGCUGUGUCUGUCUCGAUGGCAUACCCUGAUACUGUACAAUUAUUCUAAAAUCACCCUUAACCUAAGGCAAAUACGAUUAAUAAUGACUGAAAAACAAAUCCCUGCAAAGGGUGUCGACCUUUACAUGUGGUGACCACGUGACUGCAAUGUCGAGUCAUUCAUAGGUUUAUCUUGCAAUUAAUUGGCUGUAAAUUAAUCCUUAAACUCAAUGUGUGUAAGGUAGAAAGUAGCUUGUGUUCAUACAAAAACGCUCCAUUAAAGGGCGACUACGAGCAUGCAAAUUCUCACAAGUGAGUUUAUAAGUAGAAUAUAAAUUAUGGCUUUUAAGAUGUUAAAUGGCGUGCAUAUUGUUGUUAAGUUUAGUGGAAGGGUUCUUUUUAAAUGUAUGUCCUAAAACGUAUGUGAUAAGGAGCCUAUAGAGCGAUCUCUGGUGAAAACAUAAUAAAAAGUAAAUCCAC